GCUCAUUGUUGACUAUUUAUGAGGUUUAAAUCAUUCAAAAACGCGCCGUCUCGAAUACGUUUCGUUUGUCGAAGACCUUAGCGCCAAGCGAGGGUUAUCUCUCGUUCGGAAAGAUAGCAUCUCGUCGAGCCGCUAAAAACGAUAAAAUCUACUGGGAGGAGAUAUUGUGGUAGGUCCAAGGUGAGUCUAACUGCGAGGAAUAAGAUCCAGCCACAAAAUGAGUGGAAAAGAUCCGGAGAGUCAAAAACUAUUGGUAAAAGAUGCGGACGAAGAAGAGGCGAGUCCCUCGAGUCAGAAACCGUGGUUUUAUCUGCCAAGCAACAAAGAAACUACAGAAGAAAAUGGUGAAACUACAGACGGAGAGAAAGAUGAAAUAUCUUCAUUGCAGACAUUCUUUAAUAUCUGCAACGCAAAUCUCGGGACGGGAAUCUUGGCCAUGCCUUUUGUUAUUCGUCUAGCCGGCUUAUGGGGUGUUGUGAUUAUAAUCUUUAUUGGAUUUCUCGGCAAUUAUACCGGGAAAAUUCUCAUUGAUUGCCUGUACGAAAUCGAUCCCUCAGAUGGAAAGCGGAGGCGGGUUCGGGAGACUUAUCCGCAGAUUGGCGAAGCUUUUCACCCCACCUAUGGGACAUACAUGGUCCAUAUAGCGAACUGUUUCGACCAGUUUUCGCAUUGCGCCCUGUUCCUGAUUAUGAUAGGCAUGGUUAUGAAACACGCAUUCCCGAGUAUAACACUUAGCGAAAGUGAUUGGACUCUUAUUAUAGGCCUUCUUAUACUCCCGACUAUUUUCAUUCGAAAGAUGACUCAAUUGGCUUGGCUUGGAACGCUAACCGCUUGGACUGCCGUCGUUAUCUCCAUAGCGGUACUGAUCUAUAGUUUCACAAAGUGGCAGAACUGGACUACUACCACGCCUCCCUUCAACAUUCAUACUGUCCCUAUUGCAAUCGGCGUUGUCAUGGUGAGCUAUUCGUCAGCAGCAUAUUUACCCAAAAUGGAAACAGCCAUGACCUACCCUGAGGAGUAUAAUAGUAUAAUGAAUUUCAGUUACAGUGCGGUCACAUUUUGGAAGUUUUUCUGUGGGGUCAUCGUGUAUAUGACAUUCACAGAGGCGACUGACCAAAUCGUUGCCCUUAAUGUUCCACACGGAGUUUUCCGAGGCGCCCUCUGUGUAGCAGUGGUGGUCCUUGCUCUCUUCUUCUUUACCGUUCCGGCCUUCACGAUUUUCGACAUCAUUGAAAACCAUCUGAAAAUCCCGUGGCUUGCCUUUAACUACACCAACAAAAAGAGAGUCGUAGUCUCCGGCUACCUGCUUAGAUUCUUCCUAAUGCUGUUCACCCUAAUCCUGGCCGUGUGCGUUCCUCAUUUUAGCUUGCUGAUGGCUUUCGUUGGCUGUUCAACUGGCAUGAUACUCGUUCUCAUCUUCCCAUGUAUGUUCCACCUCAAGAUCCGCUGGGCCGACUUAAAACCCUUCGAUGUAGCAGCAGAGUUGUUUGUCAUCGGCUUCGCAUUGAUUGGGGGAACAUUGGGUAUAAUCUAUUCAUCACUGGCUUUGUACACUGUAUAUAACGAAACUUAGAAAAUAUCGGACAAAUCGUAUCUGCUGGCAGUUUGCACCCAGAACUCCCGCCACACGCAUAAAGACAUAGAAUCGCAAAUUACAUUUAUUGGCGUUUCACAACACUCUCUAAAUAUUCAUGCCAGGAGAUGGAUAGUUAGAUUGUAGGCGUUUAAAUGAAAUAUUCAAAAAGAAAUUUAGGGCGCUUCCUUUUAUACGGUAAAGACGGCGAGACCGGUCCAGUUGUAUUUCAGUACAGACAGAUUACUGGCAUUUUAAAGUUUUGCAACAAAUCUACAUUCACAUUUAUUAUUUACAUCUGCCUAGCAUGGGAAAUGCACUUCCACCGCUACAUUUUUAACAAAAUACUCUACUUCAGUUCAAAAUAUGACCGGUCUGACCAUUUUGGCCCCUUAAUGGAAGCGCCCUUUUAUUUACAUUGAGAUUAUAUUUACAAGAGGAAAAUUGGGUCCGCAGGUUUAAAUUCUCCCAAAGAGAAUAAAGUCGUUCUACUGGUUAGGACAAAAAGUGAUGCAUAAAUUUUCGUUUGAAUAUUCUAUCAUUUAAUCCGCCAUAUUGUAAUGCAUUUAAAACAAGGGUGUAGCAAUGUGCGAGAUUUUCAAUUAAGAU